CUCUCCACAGAUCCUGAUUCUUUUCUAUCCUUCUCGUACCAUCGCUGGCGACGCGCUUUCCCUCUUCCCUAGAUCAAUCUUGCAUACUCACGAUGUCCGAAGAAGCGCCUCGGAAGCGCUCGCGCUUUGAUCAAACGGAGCCUGAGCCACGAAAACCCUCUCGGUUCGACCGCCGCUCUCGAUCCCCGUCCGCCAGACAUACAGAGUCCAGACGCAGUCGCAGUCCUCUGGACAAGGACCGUCCGAGCCCGGCAAGGGAGAAAUCCGGCACUCCCCUCGAUCCUGCUGCCGCCGCAGCUGCGGCGGCUGCCAAAAUCAACGCCGAAUUGCAAGCUCGCAAAGGCAUUCAGCAUGUCGACGUGCCUCCAAUUAGAUCGUCCUCCACACCAACUCCGGCUCCCAAGCCUACGACACCUUCCUCGGGUCAGAGCACUAGCAAAGUCGAUGGAGAAAUCUACGUUGCCGAUGGAGAUUACAUCAAAGACGUUGAAAUCAAUGACCUCCGAAACAGGUACACCUUGACAAAAGGCUCAACGCAAAAAAUGAUCAAAGAUGAGACUGGAGCUGAUGUCACAACUCGAGGCUCAUACUAUCCAGACAAAAGCAUGGCUACCGCAGUGAAUCCACCAUUGUAUCUUCACGUCACUAGCACUUCAAAAGCUGGCCUUGAGAAAGCCAUUGCAAAAAUCGAAGAGCUCAUGCAACAGGAGCUUCCCAACCUCGUCGAUGAAAGACGCUUCAAACGUAGAGAGCCUGAACAAGUCGAACGUGAUGAGUUUGGAAGGCGAAAAUGGCCCGAGGAGCGGAUUCCUCUCGAUAUGGAGAACAUUCCUGGGUUCAACUUACGUGCACAGGUAGUUGGUCAAGGAGGCGCCUACGUCAAACAUAUUCAGCAAGAGACUGGUUGCCGCGUCCAAAUCAAAGGACGCGGAAGCGGUUUCAUGGAACAUAGCACAGGCCAGGAAGCAGAUGAACCGAUGUAUCUCCAUGUUGCUGGACCCCAGCCGCAACAAGUCCAAAAGGCCAAAGAGCUCUGUGAAGACCUCCUAGUCAAUGUGCGCCAGAACUACGAACACUUCAAGGCAAAUCCGCCACCACAGAGAAUGGAAUCAUAUACCGAUGGUUACGGAGCCGAGGCCAAUCGUCAUCAUUAUGGCGGAGGAUAUGGUAGAGACCGAGGCCGCGAAGACAGCUACUCACAUGGCGCCAGUUACAAUUCUCCAUAUGCCGCAACCCCAACGACACCGGCACCCGGAACGGCAGGCUCUCCUACAGACUACGCAGCACAGUGGGCUCAAUAUUAUGCGAGCCAGCCCGGCGGUGAUCCCUACGCCGCUUAUGGUGGCUACCAGAACUACGUCGCCUACUACCAGUACUAUCAACAGCAAGCCGCUGCCGGUCAGCAACAAUCACCCGCUCCUCCACCUGCGACCGAUUCAAGUGCGCCUCCACCGCCACCUCCGGCUUCAGACAAUUCAAAUGCGCCACCCCCACCACCCCCCUCUGGAGGCUAUUCGGCUGUACCGCCACCUCCUGGAUUGUGAGCAUAUCAUGGUGCUAUGAAGAGCUGACCUCGUCAGACAUGCACGAAUCUAGUGUCAGUGCGACUACUCAUUCACUUGGACUUCUAGUGCUCUGUCACUCGGUUCAAGCAAAGCUUCAUGCUAACUUGGAUGCUGGCGGAAUCGGUUUGUAACCUCGAAAUUAGCGGCGGACCAAUCAUUGAUUGGACAGGCAAAGUAUUGCAAACAAAAGGAUACUCGAGAGCUGAUCGGUCAAUAGGGGCCUGAUCCAUAAUUUCAUUCAUGCUUGUGGUUUUUUUGACAGCUGACUCCAACCAGCGUAGUCGUGAUCUCCUCCUUUCUAAAGCGACGUCUGGCGGCGAAGCUUUGUUGUUUCGUGGUUGAAUGUCCUGGCGCGCUUAGAUGGCAAUGUAAGUGUUGUGAUCGAACUUUGAACACUUCGUCCAGGUCGUUCCAGAGACGCGCAGCGAAUUGCGAGCGGCCGACGCUUGAAAUGGGCUGCUCAUGGCAGUUCGAAUGAGUGGGUCGUGCUUAGAC